AAUAUGUGGUUUAAUGUUGCCCUAUUUUCUCCCUUUUAUAUGCUUGUGCUUGUAUUAUAUAUUUUCUAUCGGAAGUUACGGAUGUUUAUAUCAGUAACUCUCGCGAGAACCUGUUUUCAAAAAGCAACGUGGUGACGAAAGGGUUGCCAUAGUUACACAGCAUACUAACUUUCUUGCAGAUGCAUUUAUUAAACUGUUUUUCUCCCUGUGCAUUUAUGUUGCGACAUUUCUGUGGCACCUUGUGUAAGCUUUGGGGUUCGUUUCACUCCACGCUUUGCGCUGUUCAGUAGGUAUGUCUUUAAGAACGCGUCUUGUUGAGGCGGGGCUAAUUUGGCGGAAUAUCCAGCGCGGGAGAUUUGUUUAAAUAGAAGGACCGCCAAGAGACUGCAGCAGAAGCGUUGGUAGUUUUAAGCUUGCAGGAGUCGUCUGUAGCUCCGUUUCCUGCUUAGUAAUUAUUUAGUCUUUAGUCCGUAUAAAUUGCUUAGUGUACAAUCGGAUUUUAACUGUGCAAACUCUGCCAACAUGCCCGUCCUAGAAGUUACAGAUGCUUCAGAAAUUUCUCCAUCAAAGAGGCCAAGGACAGAAACAAAGCCUGCAGAAGAGAGGCCUGUCCUCAGGUUUGCUAAACUUUCUGAGAAUGCCACGACACCUACCAGAGGCUCAGCUAAAGCAGCUGGAUAUGACCUGUACAGUGCAUAUGACUACUGCAUCGGCCCUCUGGAUAAGGCCAUUGUGAAGACAGACAUCCAGAUAGCUGUUCCACAUGGCUGCUAUGGGAGAGUGGCACCGAGAUCUGGGCUGGCAGCAAAAAACUUCAUUGAUGUCGGUGCUGGAGUUGUAGAUGAAGACUAUAGAGGAAAUGUGGGAGUUGUGCUCUUCAACUUCAGCAAGGAAACAUUUGAAGUGAAAAAGGGCGACAGGGUUGCACAGCUGGUGUGUGAGAAGAUCUGCUACCCAGAUCUGGAGGAGCAAAAGACACUUGAUGAGACGGAACGUGGUGCUGGAGGUUUUGGAUCAACUGGACGCAACUGAGAGUUGCAAAUGUAAUUUAAAAUGGUGGUGGAGUGUGUAUGUUGAAAAUAAGUGUUAAUAAAGUUCUUGUUUGUUAUAGUA